UCUAAUAUUAAUAUUCAGAGCGUUCUGGAGAUUUUUCGUUUCUUCUACCUUCUCACUUCAAAUGCAGUUUUCGUCUUACGCCGGCUACACCUUGAUUCUUGCCUUUCAUGUGCCGUUUAUGGUUGGAAUUUGUCUCAUGUUUAUACGAUAGUAUUUCCAGCAGCCUAUCUCGGUGUCUCGGAGCAGGAAUACUGGUGAGUGGUGAUCACAGCAGUCAACUUGUGCUCGAGCGAAACUACAGUAGCCAGCGGCAGCGAUCGCAGUGCAUGCUCGGAAAUGUGUGGAAUAUUUUGCACUGUGAGCUGUCGGAUGAACCCCACAACAACGGGUUGGAACGAAGCAGAUCUUUCUCGACGCGGGCCAGAUCACACUGGGAAAGCGUAUGCACCGGUGGUCCACCAGUGCCGACAUCCAGGCGAUUCUUGCAAGUGCUAUAAACAUGUUUACAUAGCCGCUACUGUUUUGCAUUUGCGCAGUGAGCAUUUGGUCCCGCAGCCUGUCACCGACCCGAAUGGAAAUAUUUUGGCCUGGAAUGGCGAGAUCUUUGGAUUUGCGCGACCUGAUGAGAUGCAGAUAGAUCUUCUGACAGAGAGCGACACAUUAUUCCUUUCCUCCGGAUUAGAUUCAUGUGCUGGCGAUAGCGGAAAAAUCUUCGCUUUUCUCAGUAACAUUGUUGGCCCAUUUGCUAUAGUGUAUUAUCAUGCUGAAUCGGAAACACUUUAUUUCGCCCGUGAUUCUUUAGGGCGGCGCAGUUUACUCUGGAUGAGAACGGAUUGUGAUUUUUUCCUGUCGUCCAUAUUUCCGGUUGAAGUUGCGAAACAGCAACAGGUUGCGUUUGAUUUUGGCGAAGUGCCGUUUGACGGCCUUUUUGCCCUUCAGUGCGGACGAAAUAAAAUAUCAGUUAUACUUUUUCCAUGGGUAAAUCUCUGGACUACCAGCGGUACGGAUUUCGAGAAUUCUGAAUUGAGACACUUCCGACAACAUAAUGAAACUGUCGUUCAUUUCCUGUCUUCUGCCGAAAAUAGCCGGCUGUCAGAAACUGACGGCCAAAAAGACCUCUGUUCUUCUCUCAUUCCGGAUGGCUUCAAAUCUGAUACUGAAUCUGGAGCAAACGUUUUUGAGUAUCCGUUAAAAUCUGAAAUUUUGCGGUUGGUAGAUACUUUUGAGGAUCUCCUACGAAAGAGCAUUUACUUGCGAAUUUGCAUGGCUAACGACACAUGCCAGAAUUGCUGUGAACGUUGUGAACAUACUAAAGUGGCCGUACUGUUUUCGGGUGGAAUCGAUUCCUUUGUAAUGACUUUUAUGACCCUGGAAGCUCUGCCAUCAGGAUCUUCAUUGGAUUUAUUGAACGUCGCUUUCAUGGAAGACGGAAAGGUCGUGGAUGCAGACAAUGCACCAGACCGGAAAACGGGCAUAGAAGGAUACAAUUUGCUGGCAUCUAAAUUUCCCCAGCAUACUAUACGCUUCGUUAUGAUUAACGUUGCCGGCAGCGAAGUGGAAGAUAUUCGUCGCAGUCGCUUGUGGUAUUUGCUUCUACCGCAGCAAUGCGUAUUGGACAGCUCAUUAGGAACUGCGUUGUGGUUUGCUGCUCGCGGAGAAGGUGUGAUUAAAGAUGGAACGCUGAACAACCUUGAAACUUACAAAAGCCCGGCAAAAAUUGUUUUCUCGGGUUUGGGUGCAGAUGAGCUUUUAGGUGGUUAUUCCCGUCACCGGGCUCGGUUCCAAAGCGGAGGAGCGUCUGCUGCGGAAGCAGAAAUGCUUCUGGAUCUCCGACGAAUUGGCAGUCGCAAUUGUGGUCGCGAUGAUCGCAUGAUUUCGGAUCACGGCAGAGAAGUUCGUUAUCCUUUUUUGGAUGAACACCUGAACAGAUUUAUUUUGAAAUUGCCCCUUUCCAGUAAAUGUGAUUUUCAUUUGUCUAGGGGCGUUGGUGAUAAAUUGUUGCUCAGACUUUUAGCGAAAAAGCUUGGUUUGGAAAAUAUUGUUACGCUUGAAAAGAGAGCUCUUCAGUUUGGAACGAGAAUUGCCAAAAUUGACAAAUCUAAGAAUGGAUCCGACGUGUGCCCGGUUCUGCAGAGAGCAAGGAUGCAGUUGAAUUUCGGUUAACUUGCAUUGACGCGGCCGCACUGAUUGUGAUAUUAGUCACCUAGUGGUUGUUUGCUAACGAAAUUGUUUGAUUUUCGAUAGUGAAAAGUGAAUUGAAAAAUA